UCCCCGGGGGAGGCCUGUGUGGCUGGAGGAACUCCAUUACCCAGAGAGCUCCGCGUUGAGCGGCAGAGGCGCACACCCAGUCAACAUCCAGAGAGCCGGCAUUUCCGCGAGGGCGCGCCAGAUGAAGGCGGGACUUCCGGUGUUUCCGUGGCGGUCAUUUUGGCGGUUCUCGGGGUCGCAAGGCUGGGAGCGUCCGGUGGGCUCCGAGGUGACAGACAGAGAAGGCUCGAGAAGAGGCUUCGUCCCCAGAGAAUAGAGGCGAUUGUAGGGUCUGGGACAUCGCCGCCCGCGAGGCCGGCCUGGGGACGUUGGUGCCGGGUCGUCCCGGGACGCUCGACUGUCAGCUCUCGGCUCCGCCCGUUGCUCCGGUGGCGGCGGCCGCGCUGAGGGACCCGCCUCAGGUUUCCAUGGAUGCAGAAGUGGUUUUGGAAGCUACACAGGGAAGUGUGACCUUUGAGGACGUGGCCCUGUAUUUCUCCUGGGAGGAGUGGGAUCUCCUUGAUGAAGCUCAGAGAUGCCUGUACCACGAUGUGAUGCUGGAGAACCUGGCACUGACAUCCUCACUGGGUUGUUGGCAUGGAGUGCGAGAUAAGGAAGCACCUUCUGAACAGACCGUCUCUGCAGAAGGAAUGUCACAGAUCAGGACUGUCAAGGCAGGUUCAUCUCCCCAGAAGGCCCAGCCCUUUGAGAUGUGUGGCCCAGUCCUGAGAGAGAUUUUGCGUUUGCCUGAGCACCAGGGAACACAUCUUGGGCAGAAACCGUACACGUGCGGGAGUCAACUUUAUUUCACUGCCAACCUUCAACAGCACCGGGGGCAGCACAUUAGAAGGAUACCCUACAGAAGUUCUGUGGCUGGAGCCUUGUUUGUAGAGAGCUGCACGACCCGUGUGUCAAGGAAAUCCUCUUCCUGUGGGGAGAUUGGGAAGGACUUCUUAGCCAGCAUGGGCUUUCUCCAUCAACCGGCCACUCCCAGUGAGAAGGCAAACAGCGGUGAUGCCUGUGAGGCUGUCUUUCACAGCGGAAGAACGCAUCAGAACUGGGGAGGAGGCAAGAAAGCCGUCACCUGCACCGGCACGCUUGUUGACCAGAGGGCCCUCACUGCAGAAGGGCUUUAUGAGUGCAGCAGGUGUGGAAAAGCCUGCACCCGGAGAUGUAACCUCAUUCAGCACCAGAAAGUCCACACAGGAGAAAGGCCUUAUGACUGCAGUGAAUGUGGGAAGUCCUUUACCUACCUCUCGAGCUUUAUUAUACGUCAGAGAGUCCACACUGGAGAAAGGCCUUAUAAAUAUAGGGAAUGUGCAAAAUCUUUUAGUCCAAGAUCCAAAUUCAUUCAACAUCAGAGAGGAAACCCUGGAGAACGGCCUCAUCAGUGUGGUGAAUGUGGAAAAUCCUUUAGCCGAAGCUCUACCCUCAUUCACCACAGGAGACUUCAUACUGGAGAGAGGCGAUAUGAAUGCAGUAAGUGUGGGAAAUCCUUUAAGCAAAGCUCCAGCCUCAGUUCACAUCGGAAAGUUCACACGGGAGAAAGGCCUUAUGAGUGUAGUGAAUGUGGGAAAUCCUUUAGCUGCAAAUCUAAGCUCAUUAUCCACCUAAGAGUUCACACUGGAAAAAGGCCUUAUGAAUGUCAGGAGUGUGGAAAAUCCUUUAGCUGCAAAUCUAACCUUAUUAACCACCUGAGAGUUCACACUGGAGAAAGGCCUUAUGAUUGUGGAGAAUGUGAAAAGUCCUUUAGUCAGAGAUCCAUCCUCAUUCAACACCAGAGAAUUCAUAGUGGAGAAAGGCCUUAUGAGUGCAAUGAAUGUGGGAAAUCUUUUAGCUGAAAGUUUAGCCUCAUUUACCAUCAGAGAGUUCACACUGGAGAAUGACCUCAUGAGUGAAAGGAACAUGGGAAAUCUUAGCUACAAUUGCAACCUCAUUAAACACUUAAGUGUUCACACUGGAGAAAGGCCUUAUGAGUGUGGGACAUGUGGAAAAUCCUUUAGCCAAAGUUCCGCCGUCAUUCAACACCAAAGAGUUCACACUGGAAAAAAGUCCUGAGUGCAGUUAAUGUGGGAAAAAUCCUUCAGCUGCUAAUCUGACCUCAUUCAAUACCAGAGACUUCACACUGGUGGAAAACCUAGAUAUGCUGGCAUCUACAGUUUCCUGCUAGUGUAUUUGCACUGGUGAAGAGAAGUUGUGAGUGAGAGCCAUCUACCUGAAGUAAAGCCCAUACUUCUGAAAAUCCGCCGUGGGAAGAUUCACCUUAAGGUCCAGGGAGGAGUCUGGGGAAGGCACAUCAGACGAACCCAGUGUGGGAAGCCAGUCACACAGCAGCUCAGCCUUCAGCCCAGGACUACCCGGUUUGAAGUUCAGUCUUCUCAAGGAGGUUACAGUCUUUAAACCUCCACCAGUUCUUGAAACAGAUCCCCUGAGAAACAAGUCAGUAGAGACUGAAUCCCUGAAGUUGUGUCUUUCUGAGACUUCUUGUUAAGAAUGGCUUCAGAGCCCAGAAUCUCCUUUCAAGGUGAACCAUCUGGGAAUGAUCGUGGGUCAGGAAAUUUAGACCUUAAACCCAGUCAAGGAUCUGCCAUCCAUGAGGGAGAGGAGAACUCUGAGUUCCCAGGCACUCAGCUCAGCUUAUUUCAAAACAGCAAUAACUCAUGUGCAAGGCAGGAGCUGCAAAGACUCUAUAAAUUAUUUCACUCAUGGCUGCAGCCAGAAAAACACAGCAAAAAUGAAAUCAUUUCUCAGUUGGUCCUGGGACAGUUUCUGAUCAGUGGCCACUGCAGUGACAGGUCUGUUUUACAAGAGAAAUGGAAUGCAAGUGGCAGAAACCUGCAGAAAUUCAUGGAAGACGUGACUGAUGAUGGCAUGAAGCCACCUGGCUUAGUAAGUAGAGGGUGCUGGCCGCUGGGAUUGGGGGCGGAGGGGUGCAAGGAAUAUGCAGUCUGUUGGGGUUACCUAGAAGCAGAGGAAGAAGAGUUAUUACAGAUAGUAAUCAAGCU